UCCAACUGUAAAAGAACUCUCUGUAAACAAAUCACUCUAAGAUUUGGCCGUGCGGUACUUCAAUAUAAAAGCUUUUAAAUUACCUGCCACCUCACACUGCAAUAGUGCGUGGUAACCGGAUUAUGCCAUUUCACCGUUAGUUACUGCUGGCAUGUCACAUCUGUCUUCCGUGAUUGAAAUGUUAUGGGUCAAGAACCUUCCAAACAACUGAGAAAAGCCAUUAAUGAAAAUGAUAUCACCAGAGUGAAAAACAUUUUAAGUUAUGCAGGCACAAAUGCAAAGGAUCUUUGUGAAGAGCCGUUUGAGCUGACUAACUGUUUAUCAUUCUGGCCUAAGUACAGCAAUGCCUUGCAUUAUGCUCUGUAUAAAGGCCACUUGGAAAUUUUGGAACUAAUCCUAAAGGCUGGUGCAAAUGUCAACUCCACUGCUGUCGAUCUUGGCUGGACCCCCUUACAUGUCUGUGGCAGAUAUAACUUGGUAGAUGCUGCUAAAUUAUUGUUAAGUCAUGGUGCUGAUUUAUAUGCCUUUGAUAACAAGGGAAGGUAUCCAAUACACAGCGCAUGCAUGUCUCCUUAUGUAUUUGACACAUCGCCCAUAGUGGAACUCUUCCUUGCAAGUGCCCCUUCUGGGCCCAUUGAGUAUGCUGGUGCAAAGGAUUUUUCUGGAAAGACCCCUCUGCAUGAGGCAGCAAGGUCACAGAAAGUGGUUGUGAUUGGUGUAUUGAAGAGGGCAGGAGUGGACACGGAGGUUAAGUGUAGCAAAGGUCUUACUCCAAGGGAUGAAGGGAAGUGGUACCCCUGGGUUUUGCAGGCGUUAGAUGAAGAUGUAAAAGAAGACAUGGAAAAAGUGUAAAUUCCGCUUGUGAUACACUGUAUAUUGAAUCCUUUAUAUAUAGAUUUAGUCAUGCCAAUAUUUCAAAAUGAGUUGUGUGUGUUAGAAUUGUAGCUACUGCUAUGAAAUGUAUGGAGUUUAAUCUGAAAGGCAAAGUCAAAGUUGGUCUGUUAACAGUAGAUUUUGUACCUGCCCAAUGCUUGCAGUUUUGACCCUGCUUGGAAAAACUGUAUGCCCUUUACUAAUGCCCUCAAGUGGAUAUUGGAUAAUGAAUAUUUAUAUAUGUAGAGGUAUUCCAUGUCACAAAUUAAGAACUAAUGGAUUUUUAAGCAUUUUACUGUAGAUUUCUCCAGUUUCUGACUUAACUUUCAAAGGAUUGAGUUUUAAAAGAGCUGCCCUCCACCUUUAACAUUCUGAACUUGUCAAUUCAUUUGAUGUUAGAAACUGCACCCGAAUCAAAAUGUUAUUUUUACGAAAAAGGAACAGAAUUUUAUUUUAUAUGUUUAGACAUUAAUUAGAACUUGAUUAAUCAGAGAAAUGUCAGUUAAAUAGUAACAUGAAAAAGGGAAUUAUGUAUAUUUUCUUUCCAUGAACAUUUCCACGUCUAUGUGUAAAUUUAUCUUUGUUCUUUCUCUUGAUGAAGUGAAGGGUUGGUUAGUACCAACCAA